GUAGCUGUGAGGCGGAGCCAUCAGAUUUGUCGACGGGUCUCUGUGCUGCUGCUCGGAGUCAAACUCUCGCCAACAUGUUUCAAGCAUGACAGCCAACAGGUUUAACAGGCUGCUGGUGGAAAAGCAACACAAUACGUCUGAUCUGAGUUGGAAGCUCGACGCGUUUGUUCAGGAAAACCACGAAGAAGAAGAAGAGACACAUGAUGACAGGAUUAAAGUUUAACCGAGAGCGAGACCGUCGAUAAACUUUCAGCGACGGUAACAACAUGGCUCGUCGCUCUCAGUGUUCCUUAGCUGGGGAUAAUCCUCUGGACCCCAACUACCUCCAUCCACACUAUCGGGAGGAGUACCGGUUGGCUGUUGAUGCUCUUGUUGAGGAGGAGCUGGAAGGAUAUUAUCAGUUCCUGCAAAGAGCGGAUGUUGUGGAUUUCCUUUCCCCUCCAGAGAUUGAGUACAUUCAGUGUUCCAUUCAACUCCCUCAGCAGAACUUUCCUGAACAGCCUUUUCUGGAGUCUGAGGGUGAUGGCUCCUCUGAUACCUACUGGCCCAUACACUCUGAUCUGGAUGCCCCGGGUCUGGACCUUGGCUGGCCUCCGUUACAUCGGUUUAUUGGACCCACAGAGGUUACCACCCUGGUUAACCCCCCGGAGCCUGACAUGCCGAGUAUCAAGGAGCAGGCCCGGCGACUCAUUAAGAAUGCUCAGCAGGUCAUUGCUGUUGUGAUGGACGUGUUUACUGAUGUUGACAUAUUUGCGGAUAUUCUUCAAGCUGCUAUGCGGAACGUUGCAGUCUAUGUCCUCCUGGAUGAGCAGAAUGUGCGUCUUUUUCUCAACAUGGCGUCUAACUGCCGAGUAAAUCUACAGAGCAUCCAAUUUUUACGUGUGAGAACAGUGUGCGGCGUCACGUAUCGCUGCCGCUCUGGAAAAUCGAUUAAAGGCCGGAUGAUGGAUCGCUUCUUGUUGACAGACUGCAGGGCUGUGCUGGGGGGAAACUACAGCUUCAUGUGGUCAUUUGAGAAGUUGCAUCGUUGCAUGGCACACCUCUACCUUGGACAGCUAGUAUCUACUUUUGAUGAAGAGUUCCGGAUUCUUUAUGCUCAGUCCCAACCACUGACUGAAAAUUUGUUUGCACCAAUGGAGGAUUUUGCGUUGUCACUGAAUAAGCAAUACUCAAGUGAACCACAUCUGCUGUCCAGAGAUCCAAGGAAAUUUGUCCCAAUAGAUGCCUAUGGCCGAGAAGAAUGGUCAAGACCUCCUGCUGAUGAACGCAUGGACAUGAAAUGGAAAGUGAUGCCGCAUAAAAGGCAAGCCGUGAUGCACAGAUCAGUAGACCAAGGUCCUAUGGAUAUGUACAGUAGGUUUCCACCCCAACAAAUACAGAUUGAGCCCGCUUUUGAUCUGGGCUCUUCCAGGAUGCCCAUGAUGGAAAAUCCAGCAUUCAAACGACACAGUUUUGCUGAAGGAUCUCUUGGCAGACACUCACCUUACCCUUUCCCACAGGAACAAGGAAUAUCAGACUUUGAGACACAGGGAAGGCAGUUUCAGAGAGGCCAGCUACCAUACCAAAAGAUGCGAUCUGAAGUGGAUUAUGGUGGUUAUGAAAAAUUUUGGAGCCAUGCCUAUCUUUCAUCGAAUCAGUAUUCUGAACCUGUCUUCCAACAAGAAAUGGAACCACCAGAAAGCUAUAACCAAAUGCUUAAUUACGUGCCAUUUGCUACUGAUGUAUACCAGGGCUCAGAGAAAUUGUUAGGUGUUCCUUUUACUUCAGCUCGUCCUAGAAGAUCAAGUGCAGGCCAGAUAUAUGCCUGUCAGACAUCUCCACCAUCCUCACAUAUGCCUGACAGUCAGUUUUUUGAAGAGCCUAACACAGACCGUAAGGACCCAGCAGUCAAACGGGGGCUGAGGACGUGGAGGAUUAACUCGUUCCUCAGUGCAUUUGAUAAUGGGGAGGACGAAGACUUACGGAUGACACCAACUAAUGUAGACACAUUUGAUGAGCCCUCAAACACCAUUCAACAAAUGGCAUUUGGCACAGAUUUAUCACUUCCUAAAAUUCCUGAUAUCAGAGAGGUCAAGGUUCCUCUUGUGCCGAGAGUAAGUCAGCUGCCAAGUUAUAUCAGAUCCACUACACCCACUGCAGCCAUUACACAAGAGCCAGAAAAGAAAAUCCCAGAAGACUGUACUGCCAUUGUACCAGAAACCAAAAUAACACCAACUCCUUCAGAUUCAUCAUCAGCAACAGAAGGUGAUAAAACUGAGGAGGUAGAACAAAAGGAACCAAAAACCUCUGUGCUCCGAAGGGAUGAAUCAUUCCGCAGAAAGUACAAUGCAGCAGUACAAACAAGCUCCAGGUUAAGAUCCUCUCUAAUAUUCAGCUCCCAACUGGAUCCGCAUGUUUAUCAAGAAUCCAAAACAGCUCCAGGGCAACAAGAUGAGGACGAUGACAAAAAUGAGGAUGAACAGACAAAAUUACCUUUUAUCUCUCAGGUUUUGGGACAAAAGAGACUUGUAAGAGAACCUUUUGAAUGGAGCCGUUAUAUAAAGUCAACCAGUCUCGAUACCACGGCCACAGAAACGUCUAAAUCAGAUGAUGUAAGUAAUAAACUAUAUGAUAAAGAUUCCUCAAAGGAAAAAAUGUCAAAGGAUCCUUCAGAAAGCCAAGAGAAAACCACAGAAGCUCUUUCAUCUAAAUCACCAGAUACAGAGCCAACAAAGUCUUCACCCUCUGACGUACAGCUCUCCAAAACUGAUCAACAUGAACAACAACCCAAAACUAUACCCAGCAACCCAUCCUACAUAGAUAUGAGCGAUCCUGACAAGAGGUUCAUGUUUUUCAAGGAUUUGGCAGCAAAACGAAAAGCUGCUCAGGCUGCAGUUGAAAAGAAAAUGCAGAAAUCGCCAACAAAUCCAGUGUCUGAUUUACAAAAUAACACCAUUGUUCAAAAGGUACAGGAAGAAACAGUAGUGAAUGUGGCUUUGCCAGAGAAAAAGCCAAUCAAACCAUCAAAGGAUUUAUUUGAAAAAUACACGGCUCCAGAGGAUGGACAGAAAGCAGUCUCCACAGAAACACGUGUAAGACCUGAUGUCCCACAAGACAGUCAGAUCAAAGAUGUCUCAGAUAAUAGCUGCAAGGAAGAAAAGCAAGUAGUCCCAUCUAAAUUGGAAAAAACAGAGGUAAAGGAUAGUCAAUCAGCAGAGUCAUGUUCUAUGUCUGUAGGAGAGGGCAGCGACGGCGCUUCUCCUCACACCCAAACAGAAGAAGCAAAGCUGCCAGAUUCUACUACAAAGGUAAAAGUGUCUGUCCAGACUCAUACACAUACAAGCUCUCAUAUUCUGGCUGACAGUGGUCCAGCUCCAACAAAGUCUUCCUCGCAACUAACUGAAAAGAUUGAACUUAAACCCCUCAAUGCUACCUCAGAGAAGUCUAACAUCCAAAAUCCUGAUGCACAGCAGAUAGAAUCAAAUGUUUCUGCUGCUCCACAGCUGUCUGAAUCUGGCACAGGUAUUACUCAAGCAGGAGUGAAAGUCAGUUCUUCUCAUCCAUCAGCACAGAGCUCUUCCUCUGAUCAGUGCCGUCCUGAUUCUAGUUCUCAGAACAGUCCAUCACCCUCAACCUCUGCUCAGCAAACCAUAUCUUCUCGUUUAAGCUCAGAAAAUGCCAGGUCAUCCCCUGGCGCCUUUGUAUUAAACAUAAUUCCUGAGGAACAGGUGUCUCUUCACCCUUCUCCAUCAGAGUCUUCCCAGAAUAAAAUGUCAGAAGAAUCUACUUCUGUCAUACAAACAAAAUUUGAUAGUACACUAGCUGCGUUCUCUCCUUUAAUGUCCCUGCAUAUGCCUGCUGCAGUGGACCUGCCCGAGACUGAACAACAGCAGUCAAAGCCUCUGCUCAGCCACCCAUCCUUUGUAGACAUGAAUGAUCCCCAACAGAGAUUCAUAUUUUUCAAAGAGUUGGCAGCCAAAAGAAAAGCAGCUCAGGUUGCAGCAGAUAAAAGCCCACAGAAAGCUUCAGUCAUUCCACAUUCAGAUUCACAAAAGAACUCCAGUGUUAAAAAGGGAGAAGGUGUACCUGAAGGAGCACCAGAGAAUGUGACUGUUUCUGUCACAAAGCCAGUCACAGAAAAAAAUGCAACUGUCCCAUCUGUACCAGGAAAUGUAGAGCUGGAGGAGAGCCAGUCAGGAGGCUCUCUGCCUGAGUCCGCAGACAUCAGGAAAGACGAGUCACCUCUACAAAACCAACCACAAGAAGAAACUAAGCUGUCAGAGCCUGUUGUAAUAAAGUCAAGCCCCUCUCGUCCUGCUACAAAUGCUCCACCUGUGGACGAGCCUCCACACGUUACAAACUAUACUAACCCAGAUGAGACUGCUCCUUCUAAUGUCAGCUCAGAAAACUCCAGAUCAACCUCUACAUCCAAUGCAUUAUCCCCAAAUUCAGAGAAAAUGGAGCCACAAAAAUCUCUAAGUUCUUUUCCAUCAGAGUCCUCCAGAGACAAAACCUCUGGAAAAUCUGCAAUUUCAUCUGCCAUGCAAACAAAUUUGGGCACUACACAAGUUAUGGUCUCUCCCUUCAUGUCCAAGCCUGCCACAGUGGAGCUGCCCAAAACUGAUCAACAGCAAUCGAAGCCUUUGCUCAACGAGCUACCGCCCUUUGUAGACAUGAGUGAUCCCCAACAGAGAUUCAUGUUUUUCAAAGAGUUGGCAGCCAAAAGAAAAGCAGCUCAGGUUGCAGCAGAUAAUAGCCCACAGAAAGCUUCAGUCAUUCCACAUUCAGAUUCACAAAAGAACUCCAGUGUUAAAAAGGGAGAAGGUGUACCUGAAGGAGCACCAGAGAAUGUGGCUGUUGUUUCUGUCACAAAGCCAAUCACAGAAACAAACACAACUGUCCCAUCUGUACCAGGAAAUAUAGAGCUGGAGGAGAGCCAGUCAGGAGGCUCUCUGCCUGAGUCUGCCGACAUCAGGAAAGAUGGGUCACCUCUACAAAACCAACCACAAGAAGAAACUAAGCUGUCAGAGCCUGUUGUAAUAAAGUCAAGCCCCUCUCAUCCUGCUACAAAUGCUCCACUUGUGGACGAGCCUCCACGCAUUAUACACUAUACUAAUCCAGACGAGACUGCUCCUUCUAAUGUCAGCACAGAAAACUCCAGCUCAACCUCUACAUCCAAUGCAUUAUCCCCAAAUUCAGAGAAAAUAGAGCCACAGAAAUCUCUCAGCCCUUUUCCAUCAGAGUCCUCCAGAGACAAAACCUCUGGAAAAUCUGCAAUUUCAUCUGCCAUGCAAACAAAUUUGGACACUACACAAGUUAUGUUCUCGCCCUUCAUGCCCCGACACAAGCCUGCCGCAGUGGAGCUCCCCAAAACUGAUCACCAGCAAUCAGAGCCUUUGCUCAGCGAGCCACCGCCCUUUGACCUGAGUGAUACCCAACAGAGAUUCAUGUUUUUCAAAGAGUUGGCAGCUAAAAGAAAAGCAGCUGAGGUUGCAGCUUCAAUAAUUCCACAUUCUGAUUUAGAAAAUAACAGCACUGCUAAAAAGGGAGAAGCAACACCUGAAGAAGCAUCAAAGAGUGGGAGUGAUGCUGCUGUCAAAAAGCCAAUCACACAAUCUGUGUAUUUAUUAGGAAAAACUACUACUGUCAAAAAUGAACAAAAAACUGUAGCUGUCAGCGCUGAUGAUGGUGAUAAAGCAGUCAAGCAGGAUGGGCAUGUCAUAAAUGAUGCAAAUAGUACUGAAAGCUGUGAGGAGGAACAGGCCACAGUCCAAAUUGUACCGGGAAAUGCAGAACUGGAGGACAGCCAAUCAGCAGCCUCUCUGCCUGAACCUGUAAACGUAGGGACAGACGGGUCACCUCUUCAACAGCAACCACAAGAAGAUACAAGGCUGUCAGAUCCUGUUGGAGUCGAGUCACGUCCCUGUCAUCCACCUGCAGGCAGUCCUCAUCCAGUAGACUCUGAAACCCAAAACACUGAUUCUACCUCAGAGAAGCCUGCUCCUCUAACCCCCACAGCAGAGACCUCUAACAUCCAGAGUUCUGAGUCACAGCACACAGAAUCCAAUGUUACUUCUUCUUUGCAGUCAUCUGAAUUGAGCACAAGCACUGUUAGUGAAAUGCUUCCAUGUUCUACUACUCAGAACAGACAGAGUGCAUCUGACUCUGACUCUGCUCUCCUUUCUACUCCAGUGGAGACGGUUGCUUCUCAUGUCAUCCCAGAAAGCUCUUCUACCUGUAUGUCCAAUGUUUUAUCCCCAAAUGCAGAGAAAACAGAAACACUGAAAUCUGUUACCCCUUCUCCAUUAGAGUCUUCCAAAGACAAAAGUCUCCAGUCCUCUCGGGACAAACCUGCACAGCACUCUACAGCUUCCUCCACUGUGCAAACAGAAUCUGCCUCUACAGAAGAUGAGGUUGUACCAUCAGUGCCUCAACCUAAGCCUCUUGCAGCCGAACUGCCCAAAAGUAGCUCAUCAGUACAACAAUACAAAGCUCUGCUUAGCAAACCGUCCCACGAAAAUGUGAGUGAGUUGGCAGAAAAACAAACACCUGCUCAAGCUGCACCUGAGCAGAGAAUGGAGAACUUGGCAGCAAAUCCAUCAUCUGAAUUACAAAAUGACACCAUUCAAAAGGAAGAACCUGUAGUUGAAGCAGAAGCAGUCAGUGUGAGCUCUGUGAAAGAGUCAAUCUCACCAUCCACGGCUUUAUUAGAGAAUCACACUCCCACACAAGAUGGGCAGAAAAUAGUCUUCACAGAACCAUGUGUCUCACUAAAACCUGACACCAGCAACAAGACAAAUAAGCAAGACACUCAUGUCAAAGAUGAUCCAAGUAUGACUAAAAUCCACGAGGAGGAACAGGCAUCAGUCCCGAGUGAAGUGGAGAAUACGGAGCUGAAGGACAAUCAGUCAGCAGAAUCUCUGCCCGAGUCUGCAGGAGGGCUCAAAGAUGGAGAAUCUCCUCAAAGCCAACCAGAAGAACCACAGCUGUCUGAUCUUACUACACAAGUGAAAGAGUCCUCCACCUAUCAUCCUCUCACAACCACAGAGGCUACACAUGUUAAUGAACCUUCUCUAAUAGACUCUGUGGCACCAGUUGCUGAUAAAAGUGGAACUCCAACACCCGGUUCUGCCUCAGAGAUGUCUACUUCACUCACUCCCACAACAGUGCCACCACCGUCUGUACUUUCCACAUUGAAGUCUAAUGUCCAAAGCUGUGGGUCGUUAUUGUUGCCAUCUGAAUCAAACCCAGGUGCUCCUCACACAGGAUCAGAUGAAAGUUCUGACCCAUCAGAGCCAAACUCUUCCUCUGGUCGCAUCUGUCCAGAUUCUUCUUCUCAGACCAGUCCAAGCCCCUCAGUGUCUGACUCUGCUCUUCGUUCUUCUUCUUUAGGAGAGACUGUGCUUUCACACACCAUUUCAGAACAUUCCAGCCCAUCUCCUACUACCUCUGUCGUAUUGUUCCCAAAUUCAGAGGAAACAGAGCCACAAAAAUCUGUUGACGUUUCUUUAUCAGAAUCGUUACAAGACAAAACUCUUCCAUCCUUCCAAGAGAAAACAUCACAAAACCCUUCAGCUUCUUCUGUCACACAAGCAGAUUUAGACCCCACAGAAGGUACAAGCUGUGUUUCAGAGAAAGAGUCUCCUGAAUCAGAACACAGCUCUGUCUCGAAGUCUGUAGCAGAAGAAUCUCAGGUGUCUUCCAGUGUUACUCCUGCAUCACCAAAAGAAAUUGAAGCUGAGAGCGCAUCUCAGAACUUUGGCUCUCCUUCAACUGAGUCAUGUUUAACAGGUGUAACUGGUGUGACAAAUUUAAAGUCCGGAUCUGACCAAGAUAAGUCUCCACUCUCCCCAACAGUUUCUGCUGGGCAUUCUCAGUCAACAAGUAGUCCUGUUCUCAGUCCAAAUAGUCAGUCUGAUUUACAUCCCAGUGGUUCCCCAUCUGUGGCAGUUGCAUCUCCUGAAGAUGCACCAACACAUGCAACAACUCCCCCUGAGCUUAACCUUAAAGAUUCUGGUGCUCCCACUGCUGAUGAAUCAGUAUCAUGCUCUACUUCUCCUGGCUCAGAUGGAUCCCCUAAAGCUAAAAAAGAUGAAACCAACAUGUUUCCUUUACCUGGCGAUUCAGAUACACAUUCCCCUCCACAAAUGCCUCAAGCAGACUUAAGUGAAUCACCCACAGAGACGUCAACAGACUGUACGUCUGUCCCAACUGAGACUACCUUAGGUACCCCAGCAGACCAGACACAGUCCAGUCUGCCACACAGUGCACCCAAAGCUGUUACCUCUGAAAGCUUCCCAUCGGAGCCCCCUGUGCUUCAGAGUGAUGCUGUCAAAGAGUCUGAGUUGCUUGACCCAAGUGAGAGAAGACCUGGAGAUGCUGAUGCCAAAAAUGGUGUGAGUCAAGGAAAUAAAGAGUGUGUCAGCAGUGCUAAAGCAAAUGUCCAAGUCAGUCAAAAGGACACAGCAGAGGUCACUGAAGAUAAAGUAUGUCCUCAGUCAUCACAGUUGAAACAACAAAAGUCAAGUCAGUCACGCUAUCACUCAUCAACGGCUAAUGUCAUCUCAAGCAGCAACCUCAGAGAUGAUACCAAACUACUUCUAGAGCAAAUUUCUGCAAAUAGCCAAAGCCGAAAUGAGCUCAGCAAAGAGUCUGUCCCUGCUGUCACUGAUGAUGAGAAAGAAGAUGAAGCUGACAAGAAAGCCAAGAGGGAGAUCGACAGAGGCAUCACACCACUUAGCAGACAACUCAAGACUGCGGAGGAGCGUGAGAUCAUACUGGAGAAGAUCCAGAGCAUGCGGAAAGAGAGGAAAGUCUACAGCCGCUUUGAACUGUGAAUACAGUACGCUGGUAUUGGGUAUUGCAAAUGAUUGUUUGCCUCUGUUUUUGUAUUACACUUCAGAGAUGGCACCUUACCUGGGAUCAAAUGAAAGUUGAGAGAAAAAUGGUAUGUCAGUACUAAAAAUGUAAUCCAGGGGAAAGCUCAAAUGAUGAAAAAAGUAUUUUUCACCAAAGACAUUGAAGGUGGAGCAGAUAGGCAAAGUAACUGUGCAUUUUAUGACAAAAGCAUGAAACGUUCACCAUGUAAUCUUCGCACUGGUACGUUUCAUUUCAGGCGUAGAAGUACCGUGUAUUAGGGGUGGAACAGUACACAGAGGUCACAGUUUGGUUCACACUAUAGUUUAAACAUCACAAGUCAAUCCGAGUUUGGUCAAAUGGGUGGAAGGUUUGUGAGCGACAGCAGAAAAGUGACUGACGUUUUUGAGUGAUCACUCACAUUCCCUAUCGCUGCCAAACAAUGCUGUUGACCUCUUGGCACCAGAUACCACAGAACACCUUCAGCGCUCUUGUGGAGUCCAUACCUCUAUGGGUCAGAGCUGGUUUACUGGCAGUAGGGGGAUAUACACAAUACUCAGCAGGUGGUCACAAUUAGAGCUGCUUGGAGUAGGUGUUGGUGCAUUAUACCCCCGUCAUACUAGAAUGGUCCCAAAUGACGCAUGCGCAGUGAAGGCAGGGCGGACCAAUUUUUGGGAGGGACCAUUUGGGCUGUGACAUCGGUUCACACUGGAACGGGGUUUAUGCACGUGCCCGCCACACACGCACCCGCUACAUAAGUGUGGACGAAUCAGUCGGAGUGCAGUCUGGGUAUUUGGAUGGCUAUCCUCUGCAAUUCUUAUUCCCUCACAGAUAUGGCACGAGUUGUUUGUUUGUACAUUCCGCCUGAUUUGGCUUGUGCUCAUUUGUACUAAUUGGUUCUCAUACCGGUCCUCAAGU